GUGAAGGGACGUAAACAGACGAGGAAAUACAAAUUAUAUCAUGAGCGUUUUUAUUCAGCAAAGAGAACAUUAAGAAUAAAAAGGAAUUGCUGUAUUAACUGUGGAACAGAAAGGGACUUUAUAACACAGCAGCAGCAGAACACACGAUGAAAAAUAGGAGUGACAGAAGUGCCGUUAAAAAGGCUGAACUGAGAGAAGAUAAACACUGAAGAGGAAGAAGAAGAGAAGAAAAAACUAAAAAGUAGAAAAAAAAUAAAAAGAAGGAGGAGAAGAAGAAACUAAAAAGAAGAAGGAGGAGGAGAAGAAGAAACUGAAAAGAAGAAGAAGGAUGAGAAGAAACUGAAAAGAAAAAGGAGAAGAAGAAACUAAAGAGAAGGAGGAGAAGAAAUUAAAAAGAAAAAAAGGAAGUUAACAAGGCUGAACUUACCUGAGGAGAGACUGAAGAAGAAGAGGAGGAACAAGAACAGUGAAAAUGCCAUUGAAAAGCGAAGAGUGUGAAUAACCAGACGGGGAGGAACAAGAGGAGGAGGAGGACCUAGGUGCCGAUACAAAGCAAUACAAGACCCCCAAAAAGAAGAAAAAGGAAAAGGAAGCCUAAAUAUGGGUGAGAGGCCGCGCCGAGCCUCCCCCUGCCGCCCCUCCUGCUGGCCUGCUGUCAUGGCUAGGGGCGUGCUGAGGCUCCUGCUGUGCGUGGCGGCCCUGGCUCCUACUGUCCUCGCCGCUAACCAGAUCAAGGGCCUGGACGAUGCUAUUCUAUUCAGGCUCAAUUGGGGUGGUGGUGGUGCUAGCGGCCUGCUGGACUCCCCUGACUAUGAGAAGAUGGUGAUGACGAGCUCCAUGAAUGAGAAAUAUGAGUGUUUGGUGCCCAUCAAGUACGGAGCCGAUGAGGAUGAACCAGCCAUCUACAAGGGACCAACCCCCAUGGCCCUGCUGACACCUCUCUUCAAGAAGCAGUCAUGUAACCUCAGGCUUGAGUCUUACUGGACCUACGAGCUGUGUCACGGCCGCCACAUCAAGCAGUACCGGGAGGAGCGGGAGGGCAAGAACACACGCCUGCUGGAGUUCACCCUCGGACUCUUCUCGGAGGAAAGUCUUGCUGCCCUCAGCGAGGAUUCUGCACCGGAAACACAGGAGAUCCCCAUCACUGCAAACAUCCCCACCACCAAGAUUGAGGGAAUAGACACUCCUUACUACAUGGUCAACUACACUCACGGAACUGUAUGCGACCUGACCGGGCAGCCACGCACCAGCCACGUCUUGUUUGUGUGCUACGAGGAGGGCCGCCACGACAUCUACAGCAUCAAGGAGAUCUACACCUGCGAGUACGAGAUUGUGGUGCUCUCCACGUACCUCUGCCAGCACCCUCUCUACAGACCCCGGGACCUCCCCCAGACCAACCUGCACUGCUUCCCGAUGGAGGGCAGCCCAAAGAGACCCAGGAACAUGCUGCAAAUUGAAGCCGAGAGUCUGAAGCUGCGAUCCAGUGAUGCAAUACUAACUGGUGACACGUCCUCUGGUUCUGUGAAGUUGGAAGUUCUUGAAGAUGAUGAUGAGGGGGGUUCUACUUCUUCCUCUUCAUCUUCCUCCUCAUCCUCGUCCUCUUCCUCCUCCUCUGAGCCCAAGCCACGAGUGUCCCUCUUCCCACCACAGCCAACCAUUGAUCAGAAGCUUGUGGAGGACUUCCUGAAUGGGGAAUACUGUUUGCAUGGAGGCUCGGGGUGGUGGAAGUACGAGUUCUGCUACGGCCGCAAGGUGGAGCAGUACCAUGAGGAACGCGACGGCACCAGAAUGUCCAUCCUCCUCGGGCAGUUCAACGCGGAGGAGCACAAGAAGUGGAUAGCAAGGAAUCCCGAGAAGCUGUACCGGCCUGGCAGGAGGCAGGUGUCGCACUUCUACUCAGGCGGCUCCAUGUGUGACGUCACCGGCCAGCCCCGACAGGUGGAGGUGAAGCUCAAGUGUAAGGAGUCCAACAGCCCCAGCUCCAUGGCCCUCUACCUCCUGGAGCCCCACACCUGCGAGUAUGUGUUGGGGGUGGAGACAUCCAUCGUGUGCCCGCUGCUGGAGCUGGCCGACCCCCUGGGCUUGUUUAAACCUUCCCUCGACUCUGCUAUUUCUUUGGGUACCUCUUUUCAGCCUUCCAAGGGGUCAUCUUCCUCAGUGGGCGGGUCAGUGAAGAAGGUGGCGCACAAAGGAACGAUAGAGGAGAGCCACGUAGACGAGGAUGAAGAUUAUGACGACGAGGAUGAGGAGGAGGACGACGAGGAGUAAGCGGCGGAAACAAGUGCCUUCUAUUAAGUAGCUAACAUGUCUGUGUGGGAUGUGAAGUUAAGUAUGUAAGCCAAAGGUAAGGUGCACUGCUAUGAACUUUGAGGUUUAUAACAUGCGUAAGCUAAAGGAAAGAUGCAUGGCUUCAGAUUUUGAGGUUUAUAAUGUAUUUGUCAAAGGUAAAGUGCAUUGUUAAAGAAUUUGGGGUUUAUAGUAUUAGCCAAGGGAAAGGUACAUUGCUACAGAAUUUGAGGUUUAUAACAUAUGUAAGCUAAAGAAAAGAUGGUUGACUACAGAUUUUGAGGUUUAUGAUUUGUUUAAGUGAAAGGUAAAGUGCAUUGUUAAGGAAUUUGGGGUUUAUAAUGAGUAUAAGUCAAGGGGAAGGUGCAUUGCUACAGAAUUUGAGGUUUAUAACAUGUGUAAGCCAAAGGAAAGAUUCAUAGCUACAGAUUUUGAGGUUUAUAAUGUGUUUAAGCCAAAGGAAAGAUGCGUUAGUUUAGCCAAAGCCUUCCAAUGAGUCCCUUCAGCCCAACCCUCAUCUUUUACCUCAACCCAGAGUGCAUUAUUUCACACCCUUUCACUGAGUCCCCUUAAGCUUAGCCCUAUUCUUUUAGUUCACCCCAGAGUGCAUUAUUUUAGUCUCAGCCUUCCCACAAGUCCCCUAAACCUAACCUUCUUUUUUUACAUCAACCAAAAAUGACGGUGGUGUAACAUAAGGGAAGACUGUUUAAAAGGAGGGCAUAGUUGGGCUUCAGGGAUUGGUUGACUAAAUGAUAAGAGGGUGGAGUGGGUCUGAAGAAGAGGGUCGAGUGUUAAAUAAGGAAAGACUGGUUAAGAAGAGGGCAUAGUGGGACUUCAAGGACUGGUAGACUAAAUGACUGAAUGGAAUAAAUGAGAAGAGGGUUGGGGGGGUCUUAAGGGAAUAUAGAAGGGACUGCAGUUACAUAAGGAAAGACUUUAAGAAGAGGGCAGAGUGGGGCUUGAGGGACUGGUAGACUAAAUGGCUGAAUGGACUAAAUGAGACGAGGGUUGGGUGGGUCUUAAGGGAAUUUAAAAGGGACUGCAAAUGAAGAGGGCUGAGUGUUACAUAAGGAAAGACUUUAAGAAGAGGGCAGAGUGGGGCUUCAGGGGCUGGUUGGCUGGCAGUGACUAUAACAGAAUGUAUUAGAAAGUCUCAAAUGUAAGUGGUAUGAGGCCAUUGGUAAACAGCACUUGGGACCAUUUCUCUUUGCAUGUGAUGGAGGAAAUAAUGAUGAUAUAUAUUUUCAUUAUUGUAGGGAAGGAGGAAAACUUCUUUUUUGGGGAUGCAAGCCACAAAGGUACCAGAUGCAUAACUCGUAUUAAUUGAAGGGAAAAUUAAGUAUAUAUAUGUUAUGCUCAAAUUUUUCUACUGUUAGCUUGUGAAUCUGGAGUUAAAUUGGCCUGGCAAAUAAGCCCCUCCCCCUUGUGUGUGACAUGUAUAUGAUUGGUCAGUUCAGAAGAAGACAGCCUGUGAUUGGUGGAUUCCAGGGAAGGUUAUCUCUUAUUGGUCACUGCUUUGCACUGGACACCUUUGGCUCUCACAACAGAUAUUUCAAAUGGCCAUGAAGGAGAUCAGUCAGGUUUUCAUGAGUGUUUUUGCCAUACGUGGUGCAGAAGCCUUGUCAAACCGUCACACUAGCGUUCGUAGCAUGAAGUCCGUUCUGGGUGUGACAGAUUCUGGAAUUAUAUACCAUGAGUGCGGCGCUGCCAGUUCGACCGCCAAUUUUCAAAUCUGUCUCCCUACCUACCUACCCACAACCUAAUUGGCGGUCGAACUGGCAGCACCGCACUCAUGGUAAUUCCAGAAUCUGCCACACCUAGAACGGACUUCAUGCUACAAACGCAUUAUAGACUCCUAAAACUACCCCUGGAAGUACCCACAACCUCCAUGAAGGACUUGUCUAAUGUGGGCAUGAGUCCUGAAAUGUAUUAGAAUGUGAAUCUUAUGUGCUAGCAGUUCAUAAGCAAUUAAUGUCCCUCUUCAGUGCAGGAUGUGUGUGACGUGAGUGCUGGGAUGGAUUGUAUCUUAUUGGUUUCUGUGCAUGUGGGCAGGGCCUGUUUGCCAAGGUAAUUUGAACAGAGUAUAUAUGAGGUGUCUGGAAGAGAAGGGAUAUAAGGAACAAAGCCAUUUUUUCUAUUUCAAGAGUUCAAGAGGAAAGAAAUUGACCUAUCUUUCAGCCACUCCUUUUGACUCUUUUGUGGGAACAGUGAGUAGCGGGCUUUUUUUUCAUUAUUGUUUCCUUUUUUUUGCCCUUUAACUGUUUCCUCUAAUGUAAAAAAAUAAAAGGUUGCACUGGGAAAGAGACUACACAUUCCAGAAAGAAUAAGAUUGAAGCUACAAGGGAGUUACCUCGGAUUUGGAGUACAGAGGUUUGGUUUUCCCUUGCAACUUAGCUCUUGUUCCCUGUUCAAACUAGAAACAAUGGCUCUGUCCCUCAGCCCCCUCUCCUCCAGACCCUCAUACUUCACAAGGAGCACUUAUAUUGAGGCUGCAAGAAGGAGUGUGACCAUUACUAGCCUAUAAGCACCACAUUCCACUUUCUCGGUGAAGAUUAAGCUUUAUGUGGCAGUGGUGAGUGUGUGUCUGUCCACCGCUGGGUAAAGGCAAAUCUAUUCCGGUGCAGUUGAUUACAUAGGGGAAGAAUAUCCACCAUGAUUAGAGUCUUAUAGUUGAUAAUUCAUGGUUCUAAACUAUGAAUUUGCACAAUGUUAUUAUUAUUGUUAUUAUUUCUUUAAGUAACACUAUAGUAUCCGUUGUAACUGCAUAGCCAGUCUUCUGUUUCCUUUUCAGAUACUUUUCAUCACAGAGUUAAUGUUUCAAGUCUUUUAUUCUUAUAUGAGAUUAGCACAGUCACAUGUUUUGUAGAUGAGAUUGGACACUUGUGUAAGAGAUUAAGUAUGUGUCACCAGCUAUGCAAGUUCUUAUUCAUGUCUCAAUCAGUAUCCAUUCACACUUAACUUACUUUAUUUGAGGAGCUAGAGCUUAUUAGCCUUCAGAAAUAUCUCAGGUUACUACCACUACUACUACUACGACUUACUACCACACCUAACCACUACUGUUAUUACUACUACCCCUUUCACUACUAAUACUACCACUGCUGCUGCUACUACUACUACUAAUGCUGCUACUGUGGUGUCAUUCAUCACUUAGUAGACGACUGUGCUUCCCAUUUGUUAUAUUUCAGGAAAGUGGGGCUCGGCGCUGUUAAAAUCAAUAGUUCGGACACGUUCACAUGUUAAGCAAAGGUUAUGCAGCAUCACAGACUCGUGCACUUGGUAAAUAUGCAAUGUGAUAUCAGGCGAAUUUAGCUUAGAACUAGAAUAUCAUGAGUACUGUAUAUUGUGUGGGUUCUAGGAUGUUUGGGGAUUGUAAUUAUAUACUUUUCGGGAAUUGAAAUUAACAUAUCGUCACCCUCGUAAAGAAACCGCCUAAAUCAUUAUUUUCUACUUUUCGGGAAAUCAGAAAAGAACUGUCAUUAUCUCAUUUGGCUUAAGACUUAGGCAGAAAUGAAAAGGCAUAUUCUAGAACACUCAAACCCUGAAUAACGAAGGCAACUAUUCAAAAAUGGGCAUCACAUGUUAAAAAAUUGAUGUACGUAAACAAAAGAAAUCACUGAAAAAUUACUUAGGCAAUUACUUUAUGAGGGUGACAAUAUAUACUUGCCCCUGAUAAAUAUGUGGUGUUGUAUCAGGAAAUCAGCUUAGCAAUUUUCUAUGAUCCUUAUGCACUGUGUGUAGAUUACAGUAUAUUUGGGAGCUAAGAUUUUUCAGCUAUGCCUAUUGAAAUUAAGGUUACAUAUAUAUAAUUGCUCUUGAGAAGUAUAGAGUCGGGCAUCAGAGAGAUUACCGAGAACUUGAAUGCCUUAAAUAUUUGAACUGUGCAGAUUCCAGGAUGUUUAAGAAUUAGCAUUGUUGUUGUUGCUGAUAUGUUGUGGUGAUGGCAGGUGGAGAGAGCUGCUGUAGAUAAUGCAAGCUUACAAACUGUGUGUAUUAUGUAUUUGGUGAAAGGCGAGUGUGUGUGUGUAUGGGAGAGUAUGAGUUAAGUGAGGAGAGGAACUAUAGGUGGUGGGAAGUGUGUGUUGGUGCCUGUAUGUGUGAGUGUGUGUGUGUUUCUAUAAAUGCAUAUGGAAGUCAAAUGAGGGGUUAUAUAGUGUGUGAUAGGGUAUGUGUUUGCCAGUUCAUAUGUGCAGUUUUUGUUUUGUACUUAUGUAUCAGUGGAAGGAGAAAAAAUACCCUGAAAAAUUAAACUGGAGGAUAAAUAAAUAACUCAAAACAAAGGGAGAAAAUUGAGGUGAAGGAUAGAAAUUAAAUAUCUCAAAUUUAUGGGAAAAAAACAUGAAAAUUGAACUGAAGGAUUAAAUUAAAACUUUCACUAUUUCACUUCUGAGGACAUGAGUAAUUAAAGUGAAGAAUAAAUAAAUAACUCAAUUGAGGUGAAGGAUGGAAAUUAAAUAUCUCAAAGUUAUAGGGAAAAAACAUGAAAAUUGAACUGAAGGAUAAAAUUGAGUCAUAUUACUUAACUUUCACUAUUUCACUUCUGAAGACAUGAGUAAUUAAAGUGAAGAAUAAAUAAAUAACUCAAUUGAGGUGAAGGAUGGAAAUUAAAUAUCUCAAAAUUAUGGGGAAAAAACAUGAAAAUUGAAAUGAAGGAUAAAAUUGAGUCAUAUUACUUUACUUUCACUAUUUCACUUCUGAGGCAACGUUGCCAGAUUGUUGUACCCGUCUCUUAUUUACAGACUUCUGACCCCAAAUCUGUCUCCUAAGCCCCAAUACCUAGGUUAAUUUAUAUUUAUCAUUAAAAUAGUUAAUUCCUGAUGUUUCUUGGCAAUAAUUGGGCGUCAGAAACCAGUAAAUACUAUGCUCUGAGUACGAUAAUCUGGCAACAGUGUUCUGUGGACAUGAGUAAUGCAUAGUCAGUCGAGCGACACUGCAGCUAAAAACACGUCCAUUGCAUUCCCCCACGGCACAAUAUAUUCUGGAAACGCACUUGAGAACCUAUAUUCUUAUCCAUUUAUCUUCACAUGUGUCUGUAGGAGUAAUGAUAACAGCAAUAGUGGAUGGUUUUGUGGAAAUGUUCAUGUCUGUAGGUGGAAUAUGAAUGUUCUUGGAUUACUGAGGGCAGGAAGGGAGGAGGAUGUUCAGUUUCUGUUCUGGGAAACCUUUGAAGAGUAGAGUCUUUGGGUCACUUUCACAGUUCGCCAUGAUGGGGUAGUAAACCUCCAAACCAAUGCCAAAGACUUCAAAAUUCCUUGUGUAGUGUUUGGUGUUCAUAUUUAAGUUAAGAAAUUUGAGGAAACUAUAAGGAAAUCUCUUGUGUAUCAGGCCUUGCAUCAAAAUCCUAACCAUUGCAGAGUGUUGAAGAUUAAAUAGUAUGGUUCAGGUGAUUAAAACCCACUGUGUUGGACCGUGAAAUCGGCUUUAUGUGUUUUGAAAGUUGCGGCAUUGGUGCUGUUCUCUCCAUUCUGUGUUUAUGGCUCCAGGCUUUACUGUGUAUAUAUACCUAGAUCCAAAAACUGACAAAAAACCUACAAUUUGGCAGCAACUUCAGCCACAUCAUUCCUUUUGGGGAUAUAUUCUAAAUGUGUUUUGGCACAUAUACCUCCCAAGCUCAGAAAUGGUGUGUAAUAACCUUGUAUGUCACCUCAAUUUUUCAAGGUUUUUUUUCCCCAUAUAGAGUACUAACAUUAAGGGUAUGUAUGUAGGAACUGGCAAACCUAUUGUAGCUGUGAAUGAAGCCUAUACCUGGUGUGUCCUUGUGUUCAUAAGGGUUUUGUAUUGCUGUACACAUUUGGAAUUGAAGUGUAUAUUUAUAACAGGCUGGUUUACAUGA